GGGCGGGCCUGGCCUUGCUCCUGGAUGCCGGUAUUGGCUGGAACUGGGAGGUGGGGAAGGGCAGUCUGAAGACCUGACAAAGCGAAGCCAGUCAGUUUCCGGCAGCUCUCUGAACAGUCAAGGCUAGAUUGACACUGAGCCUGUCCGUUCAGACUUUGGCACCAUGCCCAUGACACUGGGUUACUGGGACAUCCGUGGGCUAGCCCAUGCCAUUCGCCUGUUCCUGGAAUACACAGACUCAAGCUAUGAGGAGAAGAGAUACACCAUGGGCGAUGCUCCUGACUAUGACCAAAGCCAGUGGCUGAAUGAGAAAUUCAAGCUGGGCCUGGACUUUCCUAAUCUGCCCUACUUGAUUGAUGGGUCACACAAGAUUACGCAGAGCAAUGCCAUCCUGCGCUACCUUGGCCGCAAGCACAACCUGUGUGGGGAGACAGAGGAGGAAAGGAUCCGUGUGGAUAUUCUGGAGAAUCAGCUUAUGGACAACCGCAUGGUGCUGGCGAGGCUUUGCUACAACGCUGACUUUGAGAAGCUGAAGCCAGGGUACCUGGAGCAACUCCCUGGAAUGAUGAGGCUUUACUCUGAGUUCCUGGGCAAGCGGCCAUGGUUCGCAGGGGACAAGAUCACCUUUGUGGAUUUCAUUGCUUACGAUGUGCUUGAGAGGAACCAAGUGUUUGAGGCCAAGUGCCUGGACGCGUUCCCAAACCUGAAGGACUUCAUAGCGCGCUUUGAGGGCCUGAAGAAGAUCUCCGACUACAUGAAGACCAGUCGCUUCCUCCCAAGACCCAUGUUCACAAAGAUGGCAACUUGGGGCAGCAAUUAGGACCUUGACAGGGUGGGCUGUAGGAUAAAGAUACCAGAUCUCCUGAGUUUGCCAGGAGCCCUGGGGUGCAGGCAGGAUCCCUGCAGCCCCACAGCCAACUUUUCCUUCUUCUUUCCUUCUAUCCUGUUCCAGAUCCCAAGCCUCACCGACACUCUUUUUUGGUCAUCCAAUCCCUGCCCAACACAGUCUCUUAAAAUCCCUAACAGUUCCUUUUCAUUAGCAAAGUAGCCUUCUAAAGCUAAAGUCCCCCUGCCCCACCACCACCACUUAGAGACUCAUGUGUUCAGAUACGUGGUUCCCAGCUCAUGGCUAUUUUGGGCAGCUGUGCACUCUCCGGGAGGUGGGGUCCAUAUGGUGACUGUAGAUUGCUAGGAGUGUUGACCAUUGCAGCCAAAACACUCUUCUGCUUGCUCUGUUUUGAGCUAGGUGUGCUGUGACUUCAGCACUUGUCAUUGCAUCUGUGACCCUCUCCUACGACUCUUUCUCCCUGCUCUUGUGAGCUGUUCUUCCUGUACCAUGAACCAGAAUAAAUCAUUCUCCGCUUA